AUGCAGCUUAAAAAGUUGAAAGAUCAAGCUUAAGCUGAACUGCUUAUUUAAAUGAGAGAAGCACAGAAAUAUGGAAUUGAGCUGGUGAGAUAAAAGUAUUUCAGACUAAGAGCUUAAAUUAGAAGAAUAAAGGAUGUGCUUAUCAGCAGAGAGGAAAAAGAUAAGCACAUUAACAAGAUUUAAAACUCCAUAGUCGAGCAAGUUAUCUAAUCUUAUUUUGAAUAAGAACCUAUACAAACUGUUAACUAGAAAAUAAAGAAGAGAGUGGACAAAAUAGAGGCCAUAAAAUCAAAGCAUUAAGACUUGACUAAGGAUGAGUAGUUGGCUUAAUGUAGAGAUUAAUACGAUAGACUCAAGUAAGAAUUGCUAGAGAGAAAUAAUGAGUUUAUUCAAUAACCUAAAAUUUUCACUAUAGUUCACGAGUUCUAAGAAUAUAAAUCUUAGAAAUAGGACAGAUUUGAUGAGUAGUUUAGGAAAGAGAUAUUUGACAUUAGAAAUGAAAAUUAGCAUGAAAUGCUUUUGCUUACUGAGAAGAACGAUGCACUUAAAGAGGAAAUCAGAUUGCUUAAUCAGAGAAUGACCAAGAUUCUAAACAGAAGAGCUGCCACUGAGGGUAUGCAUUAACCACACGUAAAAUUCAGUAAUUGA